CCGCCAAGGCUGACUGCAGAUCAGACUGUAGUUGGUGAAUCUUGGCCGCUCUUUCUUCUUCUCUGGCAGUCAGUUCAUCCAGUUGAGCCUGCAGAGAAGCUGUCGUCUCUUCAAGACAAGAUAUCUGCUCACACUUUUCGUCUCUCUCGCUUUCGAUGCUCGUUUUCUCCAUCUGCAGGGCAUCGAUCUCUUUCUGACAAUUAUUCUUCUCGUCGGAAAGUCUGUUCUGGGCCUCAGCCAACUGUGCCUUCAAUCCGGUGACAGUCUUGCGAGAUUUGUUUUUAGCCUCGUUCAGCUCAUCUUUUAGUUUCGCUUCUCGCUGGUGAUACUCAAACUUCAGUUUUUCUAUAGUCGCCGGCGUAUCACCACCUUCUGGUGUUUGCAGCAACUCACCAGCAUCAACUGCCUCUUCUGCUUCUUCCUGGUACCCAUCCCCUUCAUCCCUCGCUGAACCCGCGUCGCUGAAUAGAUCAUCUUCCAUCAAACUCUUCAUCUGAUCCUCAUAUCGACUCCGCAUAUCCCGAACCUCAGCCUCAUGCUCAGCCACUACUGUCGCCAGCUUCUCUUGGAAUUCUCCUUCCCUUGCCUCCAUCUUGGCUUCAAAUUCUUCAACUGCUUUUUUCUCGUUUUCCAGAGCCGCCUCGAGCUCAGUGACUUUGCUGCUGUCAGCUCCUCCUGCCUUUUCCACUUCCCUUACCACCUCUUUCGCUUCUUCCUUCUUUGCCAUGAGCUGCAGCCUCUGCUUCCGCUCUCGUUCCAGCUCUGUUUUUGCCUUCUCUGCAGCUUCUUUCGCAGCGGUCAAUUGUGAUUGGAGCCCAGCAUUUGUCUUUUGCAACUGCUCCACUUGAGACGCUGCUUUCUUCAGUUUUUCGCACUCGGUUGUCUUUGCAUCGACCUGUUUCUGCAGCCGGGCAAUCUUAUCUCUGCUGGUCUCCAUCUCUCCGCGCAGGACCGUCAACUGAUCCUGCAGUGACUCAACUUCCUCUUGUGCCUUCAGAAGGGCCUUCUCCAACUUCUUCCGACCUUUCUUUGUGUCUGGGAAGGCUUGCACGAUGGCAAAGAGCUGUCCCAUGUCUUUCUUGAUCUCCAGAAGGCGAUCUCCUGCUGCCUGCGCUGUUCGCAACGCGCUCUCCAGCCCUGCCGUGGCUUCUUCCAAGUCGAUUUCCUCGGAGGAGAUUUCCUCUAGAAGUUGCUCCGUGUUUCCUGCAGUCGUCUCCUGAAAGAACUCGUUGAUGGACUGCAAGAGACGCUCGCGGUCCUCCAAGGCAGCCUCGUGGCCCAGCAGAAGAACAGUCACGUGCUGCUGGUACUUGGUCCGCAGGCGGACGUCGGCUAACAGCUUGUAGAGCUCCUCCGGGCUCCGAACGGCGUGGAGGUCCACGUCUUUGGAGCUUGGAGUUUCCGCACGCUGCCCGUCAGGCGUUUCAGGUUGGUACUCGGUGAGCGUGAGCUGGACGCGCUCCUGGAUCUUCUCCAGCUCAAGACGAGUCUCUUCCUUCUUCCGCCUCUCUUUGGACUCGUUUGCCUUGAGGAUGGCCAUCUCGGCGGGGUCCAGGAAGGAGCUAGAGGACGAGAGGUUCAGAGCGAGCAGGGAAUGACUCGUCGCGGUCUCGGCAGUUCGCUGGGGCCGCGUGCUGGAAGAGGGAGCAGGCGGUAUCAUCUCGGGGAUAUUUGUCACGGACACCAGUUUCCUCUUUACGCCAGCCAUCACGCAAUCAUAAAACUGGAAAGAGCUCGAUCCUUGCUUCUCUGGAUGCACCUUUCGCCGCGUCAGCGUUUUUCAUUGCGUGUUUCCGUGGUUACUAGCCCCGCCCCUAUAAAACUCCGCCCAAAUAAGCAUAUUUGGGAAAGUCCCUAGCGAUUGCACAACUACUUGCCAUACAGCUAGAGACCUUUGGCCUCUCAGGACCCUGGUUUGUGGUGCAAUACUGACUACACCCAGCCCAGUGCUGUUUAUAAGACUGCGAGAAAAGAAUCAUUCAUUCGUCGCUCGUCACAACAGCAACCUGUAGCUACAUUACAGGCUCACUUCCAUCUUUACUCUCCUCAGCAACUUCAGAGCGACUACCCUCGUGAUCACAGCCCGCUAUGAGCGAAGGAGACCCCGCAGGAACUACAAGCAGCGGCAGCGAAGGCCCCGCACGCCUGCAGCCCCAGCCAGCAGCCGAUCAGGGGAACAAAAAUCGUCCUCCGUGCAAGUUCUUCCUCACUCGUCGAGGCUGUUCCCAGGGGUCCGAGUGCAGAUUCUCUCACGUGAUCCGUCACCCCCGCGACACCAGUCGAGACGGAGAGGAGGCGGUGAGGGAGCAGAGAGUGCGAUCAGGUCACAGGAGCUCCAAACCUCCAAUAUGUCGACAGUUUCUGGCCUCGUCUGGGUGUAGGUAUGGGGACAAGUGUCGCUAUCGUCACGUAGCUAGGGAAGAGCCUGCGACAGAGAGCGGUGAUGGAAGAGGAGGAAGAGGGGAUGAUGAUGGUGAGGCUCUGGGUCGAGAGGUACAGGAGAUCUCACUGGAGGGAGGAGAAGGAAGAGGAGUGAGGGGUGGAGAUGAGUCGAAACCUCUACUGGACUUGACCAGUUUCCCUGGGCUGGGAUCGGCUGGGACCACGGCUAGUGCACAGCGUCCUCCAGUCCCAUCUUCACAAUCUCACACUCACACAUCACACCCUCACAAACCUCAGUCGUCUCACAGCAAGAGACACGCCCCCUCAGAACUCUCCCUGGGUUCGUUCAUGACCACACCCAGUCCAUCUGUUGCCGGGGGAACCAGACCACAUCCACCAGUGGAGCGACCACAGCGGACCAACAAGAAGACCGCAGCGGAACUCAGACAAGCCGAACUUGAGCAGCUGGAGACCCGUUUCCAAGGCAACCACAGACUAGUGGAGAAAGGAAAGGAGAGGAGCGUGUAUCGAGUGACCUUUGCACCCACUGACCCUGACUGGAGUUUCAAGUUCAGUACAAUCGAUGUGGAGGUGACAUUUCCCAGAGACUACCCAACUGUACCACUCGCCAUUACCAUCCCCAACGACCAGGGGCUACACCCCACUUACAUCGCCCACGGCAACCAGGCCGUGUCUCGUUACCUAGCAACAGCACCUGCGGGGUCUGGGGAGCUAAUGUUUCGACCGUUCCUUCGCUGGUUCGACAAGACAAUCACUCCAGUGUUGAAAGAUGCCGCCAAACAAGUCACUGCGGAAUUGUUUGCUAGCUCUGGUGACGAGACCACACCCACCGAAGACCACACCCACUCUGGUGGCGAGGAAGACGAGGAGUCGAUGGAGUCAAGUGGCGAAGAGGAAGAAGAUGAGCAAUCAGAAGAGGGGUCGGACAAUCAGGAGAUGCAGCCGGUCACCAUCUCCACAGAGAAGCGAGGGACCGAGAUGCGUCUGAGUGGACUGGUGAUGAGUGACGGUGUGGGGGUGGGGAGGUGUGCCGGUGUGAGGCUCACCCUCCAGUGCACCAGAUGUAGGGCCCAGCAGGACCACUCCCUCAGAGCUGACACUCCGACCUCCCAGCUGUGUUCUCAGUGCCAGAGUUGCUACUCGUUCUCCUACCGACCCUCCAUAUUCCACCCCACCUCUGCCACUCUGGGCUUCCUGGACCUACAGGGGUGCACGCCGGUGGAUCUGAUUCUGAUGCGGUGUGAGGUGACGCUCACUUGUCUGGAGUGUGGACGAGAUAACUCCACCUCUGGCCUCAACUACGGAGAGAACAGAGACACCUGGUGCAAACGCUGCCACGUGAAGCUCUCGCUGAGCGUGGAGCAGUGCAGGUUCAUCCAGCACCGGCCUGGAGUCCUCCCUGCGGCCGCGAGCGAGGGGAGGAAGAGGAGGCGGGAGGGAAGAAGAAGGCGAAAGAACCACUCAUCCAAGUUGGGAAGCCCCUCCCAGAGUUUGGGACUUGUUCCCACUACAAGAAGAGCAACCGGUGGCUGAGGUUCCCGUGCUGUGGGAAGCCGUUCCCGUGUGACGAGUGUCACGAUGAGACGGAGGACCACGUGAUGGAGAGAGCCAACAGGAUGAUCUGUGGGUUCUGCUGUCGUGAGCAGACCUACUCUUCCUCCCGGCCGUGUGUCGGCUGUGGAGGAGAUCUGGUGGGGGGAAGAGCCGGCACUUACUGGGAGGGUGGGAAGGGGUGCCGCAACAAAGUCAAGAUGAGCAGGAACGACCUCACAAUACGCCAACUCAACGGACAAGACAAAGUGUAGGAAACAGGAGAGAGUUGGGAAGCAGCCUACUUCUGUCAAACACUGACUGAACUCUUGUGUGCUCUGUGUCAAAUUUCUGUCUUCAAAUUUUGUAUAUAGAUAGAAAAAAUUGAUUGGCCAA